UGAUAUUCUUGUUCCAAACUAAUAUAAUGAAGCAACUUCAGCAGCAACUCUCCACAAAGCAUAGGGAGCGUCAUCAAUGGCGGGAGCCGCGGCAGCUUCACGCUGCAUCUUCUGCCAGAUCGCCGGAAAAUCCUCCUCUACCCCUCUCCUCCACACGGAUGAAAAGGUCGUUGCUUUUCAAGACAUCAAACCCGCUGCUACAAGGCACUACUUGGUUAUUCCUGUGGAUCACAUCCCAACUGUUAAUGAUCUUCAAAGGAGACCUGAAGACUACUCUUUGGCAAGUCACAUGUUAGAAGUGGGGAAAACACUAUUACAAAGAGAUGCACCUCAAUGCCAUCAAUACAGGUUUGGCUUUCAUCAACCUCCAUUUAACUCUGUUAACCAUCUUCACCUCCAUUGUUUUGCACUACCUUAUACACCCAGAUGGAAACAUAUAAAAUAUUUGUCUGUGGGAUCAUUUGGAUUUAUUGAAGCUGAAAAGUUGUUGGAGAAGAUUAAGCCUCUGCCUUCACAACUGUGAUUUGUGUUAUAAUUCGUGGUUGAACAUGAUACAUCUGCUUUCCCUAAUACGUGCGUAAACUUUGUAACCCAAGAAAAGUAUAGACUGUUAAAGGUUUGUGCAGUUGUGCAUAAUUUAUAUAUUUUGCAUGUUCGGAUUCUAAUACCAUAUAGAGAUUUACCUUCUCCAUUGAGGCUUUUCUUUCAGUUUA